AUGGACGAGCUGCAAUCUAAGCCCGAAACUGCCCCUGGUCAGGCUUUGGUUGUGGCUGAGGUGCCAUCGAACGACGCCGUUGCAACGGAAGCUGCUGGAGCAGAUGCAACGGAAGCUGCUGGGGCAAAUGCAACGGAAGCUGCUGGAGAAAAUGAGUGCAAAGCUAUCGUUGUAGCACCCGAGAAUAUCGCCCUGGCACAAGUAGCGAAAGAGAAACAGAUGUCCUAUGUGAAAGCAUGGGAAGAAAGUGAAAAGGCCAAAGCAGAUAACAGAGCUAAUAAGCAUGUCUCAGCGGUAGCUGCUUGGGAAGACAAAAAGAAGGCAGCUCUUGAAGCUGAGUUGAAAAAAAUAGAGGAAAAACUGGAGAAAAAGAAAGCACAAUAUGUUGAAAAGAUGAAAAACAAGAUGGCUUUAGUUCGCAAGGAAGCAGAGGAGAAGAGGGCAAUGAUUGAAGCCAAGCGUGGUGAAGAAGUUCUGAAGGCAGAGGAACUUGCUGCAAGAUACCGUGCAACAGGAACCUCUCCAAAGAAGACCGUGGGCUGCUUUUGA